AUGGACGUGCCCUCCUUGUUCCAGUCGGAGGUCCCAGUUGAGAAUCGCCACAAGUUUCCCCACUGUGACAUCUACGCAACACCUGACAGUCACACCGUGAUCGAUAUGGAAGUGCCCGGCAUGAAGAGAGAGGAUCUGAAGGUGGACUAUACAGACGAUCGUUUGACCAUUGAGGGUCAUGUUGAAAGUGGUGAGAAGAAGACGGGGGGGCGUACAUGGAAGAUGAGAGAGCGUUCUUGCUCCAGCUUCCGCCGUGGAUUUCAGGUGCCCCGUGGGAUGGAUCUUAAGAAGAUCAAGACCCAUCUGUCUGAAGGCAUCUUGGAGAUUAACUUGCCCGAACUACAGGAAAAAUCGUCCCCUCGGGGACAUACUUUGCAAAUUGAGUAG